UUCUUGUGCAUAUAAAAUAAUUUUUAUUUUUUGAAAUAUGGAGGGAAUGAAUGGUGAUCAACCAAAUUCUACAAUUUCAAUUGUAAUUCAACCUCCGUUUGACCCGGUUUCGUUAGGUUUAGAUCCUACUUUCAAACUUACAAAGUUUGCAGAGUUAAAAGGAUGAGGGUGUAAAGUUCCUCAGGAGACGCUUGAUAAGCUACUUGAGGGACUAAUAUCUAAUGAACCUGAUCACAUGGAGCAAUUAUACAUGCAAUUAAAUCUACCAAAAUACGGCAUUGGUCUUGAUGCUAGUGUUACUCCCCUUUCUAGACAUCAUGGGCUUUCACUGGUUCAAACAACUGAUUUCUUUUAUCCAGUUGUUGAUGAUCCUUAUAUGAUGGGUCGAAUUGCAUGUGCAAAUGUUUUGAGUGAUUUAUAUGCUAUGGGUGUUGUUGACUGUGAUAAUAUGCUUAUGAUAUUAGCAACAUCAACAAAGAUGACAGAUGCUGAGACUGAAGCAGUUGUUCCACUUAUGAUGAAAGGAUUUAAGGAUUUAGCUGAAGAAGCUGGAUCACGAGUUAGUGGUGGACAAACAAUCAGGAACCCAUGGUUAACCAUAGGUGGAGUUGCAUCAACUGUUAUUGGCUCAAAUGAUUUUAUUAUUCCUGACAAUGCAGUUGUGGGUGAUGUCUUAGUCUUAACAAAACCUCUGGGUACUCACAUUGCCAUAAAUGGCCACAUAUGGAUGGAAAAUCCUGAGAAGUGGAAUAGAAUAAAAUUGGUUGCAACAGAGGAUGACAUUAAUAAAGCUUAUAAUAGGGCAAUGAUUAGCAUGGCCAGGCUCAAUAAAACAGCUGCCACAUUAAUGCAUAAGUUUAAUGCCCAUGGCGCAACUGAUAUUACAGGAUUUGGUUUGUUGGGUCAUGCUGAAAAUUUAGCUAGACAUCAAAAGCAUGAAGUUUCUUUUGUUAUUCACAAUUUGCCCAUUAUUGCUAAAAUGGCUGCUGUUAGCAAAGCUUGUGGAAAUAUUUUUGGCUUGCUACAUGGGAAAAGUCCAGAAACCUCAGGUGGGCUUUUAAUAACGCUUCCUAGAGAACAGGCUGCUACAUUUUGUAAGGACAUAGAAAAAUUGGAGGGUUUUCCAGCUUGGAUCAUAGGUAUAGUUGAAAAAGGUAAUAGAACUGCUCGCGUCAUUGACAAACCACGAAUAAUAGAAGUCCCAUCAAAAGAAAGGGACAACGAAUUGUUUUAGAAGAACAUAUUUUUAAAUUUAUUCUGAUCUUAUUUUGUAUUUAAUUUCUAAAUCUCAAUUAUUUUAAGACUAAAAUAUUCUGUGAUCAGGUCCCAUUUUGUAUAAUUGAAUUCAAUUUUUAUAAUUUUAUGAAACGUUUAUAGGUAAACAUCUUAUUACCAUGAAUGUGGAUAUUGGAAAAACAAUAUUUCCUUGUAUAAAUACAUUGAAUUUAAUUAG